UUGAAAGAAGAGAUGAAGCUUUCAGUAUAAACUCCGUCAAUUCUGAAGUUUCAUAGACUUUGCGCACAGAAGUAAUCUACUGCUCUGCAAUGAGUGAGGAAAACAGAACUCAAGUCUGAAAUGUCCAGAUCCACUGAAUCAUCUCAACUGCUUGUGACGGUGAAGGACGAGAUAAAAGAAGAAGAUUGUGAUUAUUUCCCUCAAGAUGAUCCGUUCACAAGUGUGAAAGUGGGAGAAAAGCGUGGGCUGGAACAUGAUUGCAAGACUGAGACCGACACAUCGCCAUCCUUGACCUGUAAAGAAGAAACCUAUUCACAAAUGAAAGUGAAACAGGAGGAAGAGACUGACUUAAUAGAAUAUGGUUAUGAUGACUCUUCUACCUCAAGAGGAGUUCGGAACCAGUCUGACAGAAGAGGAAGUGCUAAAGAAAAAAUAAACAAACAGAGACGCUCCCAGUGCAGGACAACCUCAUGUCAGAAAUUAACCCAACGAUCGGACACCGGGAGGGAGAAACAGAAUGAAUGUUCCCACUGUUUCAAAACCUUUGCUAGCUCUUAUGGACUUUCAAAACAUCAACGGAUACACACAGGAGAAGGCAUCUGUCAGUGUUCACAGUGUGGAAGGUCCUUCAGUCACGCAGGUAACCUCAAGAGACAUCAGAUGAUCCACACAGGGGAAAAGCCACAUCAUUGCACUACAUGUGGAAUGGAUUUUAGGAGUAGCUCAGAUCUCACAGUCCAUCAGAUUACACAUACCGGAGAAAAGCUCCAUCAGUGUUCCGAGUGUGGAAAGACGUUUAAUCUAAUGUUUAAUCUCAAGAGGCACCGGAUGAUCCACUCCGGGGAAAAACCUCAUAAGUGUACUGUGUGUGAGAGGAGUUUCAGGACAAAGGCAGAACUCGCCCUUCACCAGAUCAGACAUAAUGGAGGAAAACUGCUAGUGUGCUCUCAGUGUGGAAAGAGCUUUAGUCAAAUGUCUGAUCUCAAGAAACACCAAAGAAUCCAUACAGGGGAAAAGCCAUAUCCGUGUACUGUAUGUGGGAAGAGUUUCAAGAGGAGCACACAUCUGACCACGCAUCAGAUAACACACAAGAAGAAAGCCACCAAGAAAUAAUUUUAAAAAGAGUGUACGACUAAGUCAUUCACGUACCUUAUGUCCAACAGCAUACACCAUUGAAGCCAUAGGUUCAUCAAAGCAUAUAUCCAGUUGUUACAGAUUAAUGUUCCACAUAUAACACGUUAAUUGAUAAGACUCACUCACUUCACUCAGCAUAAGUUGUUAAAAUAAAUAUAUGCUUUUGUGCAGUCACACUGUGCAGUGUAGCCACUGCCAACAGUGAGCCAUCAGCCAUAAUGCUCGGGCAGGUAUGCCUUUACCUAUAAACCUCAAAAAGGACCCACAGCUGCCAUCUGUGCCCAUAUGGAGAUCCCGAUCUUGUGUGAUGGCAACAGAUGGAAACAAAUGAUCAGGUUUUUUACGCCAUGCACUAGCUUCCAUGAUUGAGUGAUGUAGAGCGAAUGAAAUAGCAAUAGCAUGGACAAAAGUGAUUUUUUGGAAAUGCCAUAACAAUCUAAUUGCAUGCGUAUUUCUGAAUUUAUAUAUUCUGAUAGAUUCUGACCACCACUGGCCAUGUGUUUACAAAGCAUAGCAGAGAGAGAGAGAGGGAGGUCUUUUUUUUAUUUUUAAUUUUUUUUUAACCCAUGAUAACACAUUUGUCCCUAAAUAUCUUAGAUGAGAAACAAGAUCUCAAAAUAUGUUUGGCUAGACUCAAUGAUAUUCAAUUAAGCCAAAACAAACAAACAAAAAAACUCCUUAAAACCCCAUAAACAUCCGUGUGACUUGUUCCCCAGUUAUGAGAUAAGUUGCAGUUAACAGCAUUGGCUUAAAAGCAAUGCAUGCUGGCACUAUGCCAAGUUAAGUUGGUGCUGUAAGCAGCUCCCUGAAAAGGAAUACAGAACUUCAACUGCAUGAGCCCCUUGUCCCACAUGAGCGAGACAUCCGGAUGUCAAACGGAUAUCAAACGGGUGGCUGUAUGUGGGAACGCAAAACUCGGGUAUUUUCUUACCCGGAACUCACCCUACUAGCCCCCUAGUAUUACUUCUAGAUGUUACCCGGGUGCGCUUAGGUGGGAACGCAGCCGGCACAGUUCUGGGUAGAGAUGGGGGGCGUACCGAUGACGUAGAAAUGCGCCCUUGCAGCCUGCUUGCAGCGCGAGGCAGAAAGUACAAAUUGCCAUGGUAACGAUAAACAUUGCCCUACGAGUAUGAACACAGACGAGAACACCGGAGUACAGAAAACAGUGACAUUUUGUUGUGUACGUACAAUAAACAUUUAAACCAUAGACUGUAUAGACCUGGACAGUGUGUCGUCCGUUGGAAUUGAAGCAACCGCUAGUCCAGAGCCCCCUGGUGGCUGGCUGCAGUACAAUUCGUAGCUCCGCCCAUCCCCAUGUAUUUCAAUGGCCAAGUAGCCAACUUUCCGUGUCACUUUUCUCACCUAAAACUAAUUUUAUAUUUACAACAUGUUAUUCGAAAAAACAGUUUUCAAUGUGCUUCAAUGCACACCAUUUUUCUUUUCUCUGUGAAAUUAUUUUUUUUUAAGUUAUUUUAACAAAUCUAAAAAGGGCGUUGAUUGACAGUGCGUGACCGCAGCGUCAGCCGCUUGCAGCCGUUCAGUCCGUGGAGUAGCUGUAGGCUCGGCUGUGGUGGUGUUCGUUCGUCAGGCAACUUAUCAUAUUUGUUUUAUUUGCUGUUAUUACACUUUAUACAUUGACAGUCGUGUCGUGCUGUGCUGUUGGUUGUACUAACGGGCCAUCCCAGAGAAGCUCUGUGCAGUUUUUUUUCGUUUUCCUUUAGGUGUGCAGCAUGCAGACAGACUGAGACGAUGGCUGGUGAACAUAAGACGACAAGACUGGGAGCCCAGCAAGUCAUCUCAUCUCUGUAGUCUUCAUUUUGAAGACCAUGAAUUCACCAUUGAUAUGGGAAUCGUCUGACUUGCACUGCAGUACCAACUGUGUUCUCCCUUCCUGACCACCUGGUGAAGAGACCUGCUAGUAGAAAGGCAAGUGGUUAUUUUCUUAUCCUUUCUUUGUCAAGUGCUGCAAAUGAGAAGGAAUGUGAAAUGGUGGCUGCUAAUACAUCAGAUCAAAAUGUGGCUUGUCAGUAGUGAGCAGUUACAUUUUUGUGUCACCCAAGACAUUAAAACGAAAGAAUGAUGUCAUGGUUGAGAUUGUGGAGAAAUAUUAAAAGAGGAUGAGAAAGUAAGACGUGUAAAGUAAGUUUCAUGGCAUAACACAAACUUAGAACUUUUUUUUAUGUGUUGUCUGUAAUGCUAUACAACUACCUCCUGGAAGUUUUGAUUUUAUUUAUGUUUUUUCACAUGGCGGUGGUGGUGCAGGAAGGGGGUAUUUUGUCUUCUGCCUCCCUCCUGCACCACCACCACCAUCACCAGAGCUGAAGGUCUACACCACCACCAUCACCAGAGCUGAAGGUCCACGCCACCAUCGCCAGAGCUGAAGGUCUACAACGCUGCUGCCACCAGAGCUGAAAUCUCUCUAAGUUAAUGUCUAACCCCCCCUCACCCCUUGGCAAACACAAUAAAACAUGGUCAUUUGUGGAUAUUUUGUAUCAUCAUUAUUUUUGCUUAAUGUAGGCUUACCAACCAUUUAAAACUGUUUACUGGUAAUUUGAACUUGUUCAUGUUAUAUCAUGUUAAAUUCUAUAACCAUGACCCAUAUAUAAUGUGAACAUGUCAACGUUUGAAUAACAAUGG